ACAAGAUGUCUGCUUCCCAAACGCUAAGCUGGGUUAAAAGAAAGGGAGAUGUGGAUAGAAGUACCUGAAUUUUUAACACAACACCAGUAACAAUAUAUUGCUAAUUGAUUCGAGAAAUAAUACUAUGAGCAGCUGCCUGGUGUCAAUUAUAUUAAAGGAGCAGUAAAGCACCAUGUAAUAAAGGGGAAACAUUGUCGUGCGAGAAAGACCUCUUCAUAAGGUAGGAGCGGGGAUUCUGAUGGAGGAACCAGCGAAACUAUUAUGUUUUUGGCGUUUUUCUGCACAGCAAUUACUUUGGAACUUGGCACUUAAAACUAUUUGCAAUCCGAAGAUUUUCGUCGAUGACCUGAUUGUAAAUGAGAAAGUGCUCAGGUAUGACGGUUUGCGAUCCAAAUGUCGAUGAGACAGGAAGACAAUUUUACCACAACUUGUUGGACGUUAGUUACAACAAAUGCUGAAAAGACUGGCUUGAUAAGAACUCCAGGAAAUACUCCUACUGUUUCACGUCGGCCUUGUAAAAUUACAAGAAGCCGUCUUCUUUGGAAGUAGAGGAAUAAUGUGUGGCUCUAGAAUGUGUAGGCCCUGCUAAAUCCAUUUUUGGCAAGGUACAGUGAAUUGCAUGACAGCGGAUACUUGCCAGUGUACCACAUAUUAGAGUUUCUUCCCAGUCUUUUAAUGUAUUCAGAGUGAGAAGAAUAACUAUGUUGGUAACAGUUCAGUGGACAUCCUCAUCAAUCAUUCUCUGAACAGGAAUUGCAUUAUUUAAAUUAUCUCUUGUGAAGAUCAUUAAUACCUGUUCCGGCUGUUUUCACAGUAAGAGAGGGCCUACUUUUAUGUUGUGUGCUAACCUGAAACUUGGAUGUGGAUAACUGCCUCCCAGAGGAAGAGCGGUACUAAUUACGAUACCCUAGUUUUAUAACAAACUCAACACCACAUUGUAUCCUAGGGAAAAUAUGCUCGAGAAAGUUACAAAGAAACGGAAUAGGUAGUCUACUUAGAGCAUUUACAAGUGAAAAAAACGUAAUUUUAUCCUCGGUGCUUUGGAACUAUUUGUUCUUUCCUCAGGGCCAAAGAGUGACAGACAGGGAAAAAUUUUAAAAAGAAGGAAGGUCACUCUUUACACAAGAUGAGAGUGACCCUUCUUUUUUGAGGAUUAGGGGAAACAUAUGUACUGGUAGUGAAUACAUUUUGAAGUAGCAAGAGUAAUAUAAUCAAGUUGGCAUGUUGCCAUUUCAUCUUCACUGUGCAAAGCGUAGCAAUGGAAACCUCUGCUUCAAAUGGUUGCCAAAUGUUAAAAUUUAUGACAUAAGUUUAUCAAUGUCACUGACUCUUCGUCUGCUCUAGAUCUAGAUUUUGAAGAAAUGCCUCCAAAAAUGUGGAAUGGGUUAAGUUGUAUCUUAACAAGAAAAAGCUACUGUGAGGAACUGUAACAAUGAUCAACUGUCAUUAAACUGAUGUAAAUUAUUUCUACUUUAGGAGACUAAACAUAACAUCUUAUUUUGAAAAAAAAGCUGCUGCUUUUUCAGUUACUUUAAAAAGCUGUUGCUUAUUUGUUACAGUUUGUGUAAUGGAGCUGUGGAAUCAAGUGGAUAUGCGAGCGGCAGCCACAGUUCCUGUUUAUACUCAGCAUUUAGACUAGUCUUCGUUCUCAUGUACUCGUCCUGGUAGAUGCAAAGUCACUGUGAAUGGCAAACAGUGAUGGGAUUGCAAAUCUCUGGGCAGAAGAUCAAAAUAAGUACUGGCUACACAGGAGGAAGAGCACUGAAGAGUUUUGUUCCAGUGUAGUGGACAUUCUAGGCACGCUGUAUUCACGGAUCCUGAGGACAGCGCAGCCACAGCAACCACCAGAGGGUGUCAUCAUCACACAGCACGAUGACCCCAUGGAGGUGGAGCCUUCACCUCCUCUGCCUCCUCUCAUCCUUGCGAUGGAGCUGGACCCAUCAUCCUACCGAUGGAGCUGAACCCACCCACGCUGUAGCAGCCGACACCUUCUACAUCUUGGUAUAGGCCUCAGGAAGUCAAUGCGUGUUUUGCAUGGACAUUUCCACCACAUCAAAGGAUGGAUGGCGGGGUAUGCCCAGUAGUCUGAUGUCCCCUGUAGCCACAGCUUCCGGUCCAUCAGAGCAUCCACACUUCUCCCCCCCCCCCCCCCUCAUUGUCAUGCUCCAUAUACAAUCAUGGCCCAUUGCUUUGGGGGGGAGGGGAUGUUAUGGCAUGAAGUGAGUGCCAGCGCACCACUUGGAAACAACAGAGAAGAGAAGGCCGUGAGAAGAGAUCAACCAAUCACAAGCUGACCAACCUCCCUCCAGGAUGACAAUGCGACAGUAGCGGCCCCUAAGUGAAGACGGCAUAAGCAUCCGACUGGUGGCAGCCCACUUCGAUAGCAGCUUCAACAUUAGCCACUUCGUUAGCCGAUGCAUCGUAGCCUCUUCAUGACAGACUUUUGUUAGAAGUGGUCACUAGGACCAGGAGUGUUACUUGUGCUUGUCUGUUCUGAAGAAGACAGACUAUUUUGUAUGUCGCCUUUUGCUUGCGACACAUCUGUGUAAUUGCACUUGUUGUGAUCAUGUAUAAAGAACUACAAGAAUUCCCAGAUCAGAGUUAAGUAUUUUUACUUGUCUUGUUGUAAUAAAACUCAUUAAUAC